CAUUAAAUGAAUCACUCCUCCCCACCACCCUUUAUUUCAAGUAGUUGUUUCAGGCAGCUUUCAAUACUCACAACAACAACAAAAGAAAGAGAUGAGAAACAGACUGCCUGGCCUGGCCACACCCAUAUCUCCUUGUGAUUGUUCAUCAGCUCAUUGCCAUUGUCUUAAUAAUGCCCUAAUGUUGCUUUCCCCUCCUAUCUAAAUUACAACACAAUAAUAUGUUCUUUAUUCUUAUAGAAUCAUGAUUUCCUCAUACGUGUGUGUAUAAAUAUGAAGGUGGUGGUGGCUAGUAGAAGAACACACAAACCAAGGGCCAACCAGCCACAGCCACAUAGAGAGAAAGAGAGAGAGAGACAUAGAUGAAGAAGGCAACUGUCAAGCUGGUGUGAUCAAAAUAGUGUCUUUCUUUCUUUCUUUCUUUCUUGCUACCUUUUGGAUUCCACUCUCUCUCACAAGUCACAACUCAUUCCUUUCUCCCUUCCCUCUUUUUUAAAAAAUUUCUUCCAUCCAAUGGCCUUUGCUGGGACAACAACAGCAGCAGCAACAGCAGCAGCAGGAAGAGAAGUGGUGAUGAAUAUCAACUCCAAGCUUUUCCUUCUCUCUUCCUUCCUACUUCUGCUCCUCCUUCUCUCUUCCUCUCAAGCUAAGGAGGAGGAAUUCCAUGAGUACUACAAGUACCCAUUCAUAAGGAAAGCAAGCACAUUCACAUCUUCAUCUUCAUUCUCAUCAAGUGGGACAUCAGACAGUUCAUAUGACUACAUAAUUGUGGGAGGUGGAACAGCUGGCUGCCCUUUAGCAGCAACACUUUCCAGGAACUUCAGUGUUCUUCUGCUUGAGAGAGGGGGUGUUCCAUUUUCCAACGCCAAUGUCUCGUUCCUCAGGAACUUCCACAUAGCACUGGCUGAUACUUCACCCUACUCUGCGUCUCAGUACUUCGUCUCCACUGAUGGUGUUUUGAAUGCUAGAGCUAGAGUUCUGGGUGGUGGGACUUGCAUCAAUGCUGGGUUCUACACUAGAGCUAGCCAAAGGUUCAUAGAGAAGGUCGGCUGGGACAAAAGGCUGGUCAACGAGUCAUACCCGUGGGUGGAGAAGCAAAUCGUCCACAGGCCACGUGUCGCGCCGUGGCAGGUCGCCGUCCGCGACAGCCUCCUGGAGCUGGGCGUCUCCCCGUUCAACGGCUUCACCUACGACCACAUCAACGGCACCAAAUUCGGCGGCACCAUCUUCGACCGCUUCGGCCGCCGCCACACCGCCGCCGACCUCCUCGCCACCGCCAACCCCAGCCGCCUCACCGUCCUCGUCCACGCCUCCGUCCAGCGCGUCCUCUUCGACGCGCCAUCUUCCCCCAAAACCCACCCCAAGGCCGUCGGCGUGCUGUUCAAGGAUGAGAACGGCAACCUCCACCAGGCGUUUCUCAACAAUGACGUCAGGAGCGAGGUCGUGCUCUCCUGCGGCGCGAUCGGGACGCCGCAGAUGAUGCUGCUGAGCGGGAUCGGGCCGAAACCGGAGCUCGACAGGCUCAACAUCCCUGUCGUGUUGGACAAUGUGAAUGUCGGGAAAGGAAUGGCGGACAAUCCGAUGAAUUCGAUUUUCGUGCCGACCAAGGAACCGGUGAGCCAGUCUUUGAUACAGACCGUUGGGAUCACGAAGCUGGGGGUUUACAUUGAGGCAAGCAGCGGGUUCGGUCAGUCCAAUGACAGCAUUGAGUGUCACCAUGGGAUCAUGUCUGCCGAGAUAGGACAGCUAUCCACAAUUCCUCCGAAGCAGAGGACGCCAGAGGCGGUUGCUGCGUUCAUCAGGAGGAAGAAGGAGUUGCCACACGAGGCGUUCAAAGGAGGGUUCAUACUCGAAAAAAUUGCGAAUCCAAUCUCGUCGGGGGACCUGAAGUUGAUCAGCACAAAUGUGGAAGAGAAUCCGUCGGUCACAUUCAACUACUUCAGUCAUCCGAGGGACCUCCAGCGAUGUGUCGAUGGGAUACGAUUGGCUACGAGGAUCGUGCAGUCGAAGAAGUUUACGCAGAUCUUGAAGUGUGAUUGGGAGACCAGGGAGAGGAUUCUGAAUGCUAGUGUUCAUGCCAAUGUUAACUUGGUUCCCAAGCAUCCCAACGACACCAAGUCGAUCGAGCAGUUCUGUAGGGAUACCGUGAUCACGAUCUGGCAUUACCACGGUGGGUGUCAUGUGGGGAAGGUUGUGAACUCGGAGUACAAGGUUCUCGGGGUGCGUAGGAUGAGGAUCGUGGAUGGGUCGGUUUUCGAUGAGUCUCCUGGGACUAAUCCCCAAGCUACUGUCAUGAUGAUGGGAAGGUACAUGGGGCUGAAGAUUUUGGAGGACAGAUUAGGGAAAGGAGCUGCAGGUGUGUGAAGAUCAAAGGAUCUCUUCUAUGGCACUAUGAGGACUAGGGUUCAUUAAUGAGAAUUGUAGCUGAAUAGAGGGUUUAAUUGUGAUGUAGGUUAUUAUUAAUGUGUGUUGUGUGUCAUAGGUAUUUGUAAGGUGUAGAAAAGUGGGAAGUCCGGAGAAUGUUUUGUAUCCUUAAUUUCAUAAUUUGAGUAACUGUUAUUGUGGUCUACUGCAGUAAGAACUGUGAAAUUAGUUGAAGGAAAGUGAAGCAUUAUGAAUGUAAUGUCCUGUCCUUUUUGCCUUUGAACACAAAAAAGAAAGAAAUAAUCUUUCCUUCCAGUCAUUUAAGGCCGGUGUUGAUGGCUCUUCCAGGUGAUUCAGGUGGUUUCUUGGGAUACAAGGAAAGUCAUUUCCUUUUGUUGAACCUUGGGAUUAAUUCCUUAGAUUUAACUAGAAUCUAGCUGUUUGCCUGGUUUUAUGAU